AUGGCCACCCAACGACUCUCAGACUUCGCUGCCCAGCUCCUUCCCGGCCAGAAGCCGUUGGACAAGAUCACCCAGAAGAACCCCGACGACAUUGUCAUCACCUUCGCGACACGAACGCCCCUCGCCAAGGGCCGAAAAGGUGGAUUGAAGGACACCCCUCUCGAUGGCAUUGUCUUCAAGAUCUUGGAGAAGACGCUCCAGAAGUCGCGGAUAGACCCUCAAUUGGUUGAGGAUGUCUGUCUUGGAAACGUCUCGGACGCCAAAGCCGCCUACUACUGCCGCGCCGCCCUCCUCGCCGCCGGAUUCCCCAUCACCACCGCCGGCUCCUCCGUCAACCGCUUCUGCUCGUCAGGCCUCAAGGCCGUGCAAGACAUCGCCAACCAGAUCACCACCGGCAGCAUCGAGAUCGGAAUUGCCGUCGGCGCUGAGUCCAUGACGGCCGGCGGCGACCGCCUCACCCGCCCCUUCGUCGACGACAUCAUGAACGCCAACCAAGACGCCCGCGACUGCAUGCAGCCCAUGGGCCAGACGUCGGAGAACGUGGGCAAGGACUUCAACAUCUCGCGCGAGCAGCAGGACCGCUACGCCGCCGAGUCAUACCGCAGGGCCGAAGUCGCACAAAAGGCGGGCUGGUUCGACGACGAGAUCACACCCAUCACGGUCAAGCUCGACGGCAAGGAUGUCACCCUCACCAAGGACGAGGGACCACGAUGGGGCACCACUUUCGAAUCGCUCAACAAGAUCCGCCCCGCUUUCCCCGACUACGGCGACAAGUCCACUGGCGGCAAUUCCUCCCAGGUCACCGACGGCGCCGCAGCAAUCCUCCUCAUGAAGCGCAGCAAAGCCCUCGAGCUCGGCCAACCCAUCAUGGCCAAGUUCGUCGGCGCCACCGUGGCUGGUCUCGCGCCUCGCAUCAUGGGUAUCGGUCCAUCCAUCGCCGUGCCCAAGCUGCUGAGCAAGUUCGGCCUCACCGUCGACGAUAUCGACCUCUUCGAGCUCAACGAGGCAUUCGCCAGCAUGGCCGUCUACUGCAAAGACACGCUGAAGAUUGAUUGGCAGAAGAUGAACCCAAGAGGAGGUGCGAUUGCGUUGGGACACCCGCUGGGAUGCACUGGCGCGAGACAGAUUGUCACCGGUCUGAGCGAGGCCAGAAGACAAAAGAAGAAGGUCCUCGUUACGACCAUGUGCAUUGGUACAGGACAGGGCAUGGCUGGUUUGCUUAUUAACGAGCAGGUAUAG